CAUCCAGAUGGAAGAGUACACUUUUGAGUUUUUGUGGGGUUGUUUUACAUGUCAAACUAUAAACAUUGAGUAAAUUAUUUGAAUCCAGGUCAUUUGUCCCGGCCUAACUAUUUGCACACAUAAUUUUGACGUUAUUUGUUUGACUCUGUUAAUCUUGUCGUGUUAUAUAACUUUCAAUGAGAAAGGUUUAAGAACCAAGGCAUACCCUUUGAAGUCGUAUAUAUAGAUUUGCCCAGAGUCCAAACAAAAGGUGCGCACCAUGCGCACUGGGAAAUUAUAUCAAAAGCAAUCGCAUGCAAUACCAUAUCACCGUGAGGAUUGGGAGAUUGUUUUUCAACCGAAGUAUAAGAGUUUAAUCCAUAUUCAGGGAUACUAGGUUUACAUUAUUUACAUUUAUAUUAUUCUGUGUAGCCAAACAUAACCAGAGGAUUACAGCAGCAAAGGUUAGAGUGCAACAUUGUCGAACAUCCUCAAACCCACAGAUUCAUAGAUUUUGUAAGAUGUCAGGAUGAAUGGUACCAAGUCUAAAAUAGUGUAAGAUAUAUAGAAUAUUUGUAUUUGAUGGAAUGGUCCAUUAACAAGAAACAUAUGUGACAGUUUGGUUUUAACAUUUCCCCUUAUUUUAAACACGUUCUUUCAAUAAAUAGAUGAAUGGACAUGUGGCCUACGAUUAUUUACUUUAUCCAUAAUAGAUGACCACUAAAAAAGAGGUGUUUCAACUGCCUCAAAUCCCACUGUUCACACAUCCGGGGCACAAUGAUCAUUUCAACUUGAAAGUGUCAAAGCAAACACACCUGUGUUUAUUCCCACUUCCCCUGAAUGAAGUCACAUCCCUGAGUGACAUCAGUCCACUUACCUACAAAUAGGCUCAAGGGUCAGACUGCCCACAUACGUCAGUGGAAGGGACAUGGAUCAGAUCAGAUUGGGCAUUCCACUUAGAAUCAUUGUUUUACAAUGUUUUGUCAUGGGGAGCGCACUUUCCAUUCAGUCAACAGAAUGGAAUCGUACGGCAAGAUUGACAGAAGGAGAUGUGGAAUGCUUUUCUGAAUACAUGGAGAUGUGGAUACACAGUGGAAGGAUUGGAGGAUUGGGACUCUGGCUGUCUGCAGCCUUAAAGAUCCAAGUACACCUUGCUUCCUUGGACCACCUGAACCUCCAGCUGUCUGCCUGUGGAUUCUCACUGCACAAAUACCCUGACAACAACUUUAUUUUUAGAGUCAGUUACACUGGAUGUUUUGUCCAACAGCUGAACAACCAUCAUGUUCUGAAACUGAAUUUGGUGAAGAGGAUAAACCGAUUCAGGGAAAGACCUUAUAGUUUCACGAUGAAGUGUCCCGUGGCUCCUGUACUGCCAAGCAGAGAGCAGAUCCAGUGUGACCCAGAGUGCAUUCAGGUGACCAGACAAGUUCCCCAUGACAACUGGGACAACAAGUUGCGUUGGUCGCUGUCGCUGAGCGAUCACCUCGUUGUUGCUCUGGAGGAUGCGAGUCUGAUCCAGAUGAACGUUGACAUGAGCGGACCAGACAUUACAGUUCAAGGCAGGAGAAGGGAGGUCUUGAGCCCCGUGGAAGUAUUGGGAAAUGAAGGGGAAUUCCUGGCCUUGAAGCUGGUUAGUGGCCAGUAUGCUUAUAGCAUGGAAGCCACUUGUCCAAAAGUGACUGCGUUCACGCCGGAGGAGACUGAGCUGCACAUUUUCAAACGCCGUAUGGGUUUGACAAAGCGAGGCAGUCGCGACAACGAAGCACUAACACUCAGUGAUGUGUCGGUGAACCAGACAGACAAUUUCACCGUGCAUGAGACGAGGGAAUUUGUGACACUGAUCAUCACUACAGCCCAAAUACUCCAGACCAAGACCUGUGGCGACAGGAAACAAUUCCUGCAGCCAUUUUACAGGGUGGAUGUUGUGCUCACCUUCAAAGAGACAAAUCACAAAACGCACUGGACCAUGGAGAACACACUGCCAUGCACAGCCGGACCCGCCGUUCCACACAGCACACCCGUUCCAAACACUACAGCGCCACCAACGGUCAACUUUGAGCACGAGGGGUCAAGCACAGAACAGCCGGAGGACGACCAAGAUGAUCGAGCUCCAGUCGAAGAGAUGCCCGCAGAGUUUUCCUCCGCUGAUUCCACCCAUACACAGACCGAGGCCCGCGGCUUUCAUUUCCACACUGAUGAGGGCCAAAGGAUAAACUCGUCCUCUGGGUUAGAUGGAGGCCACAUUGCUUCCAUUAAUACCACUGAAAUAAGCGUUUUAAGUCCCAUAGAUGCGACCAUGCAUACUUCAGCAGAGCCAGAUUUCAUUGAGACACCUGCUACAGUUGAUCCACGAGGAACCGUCUCACAAUGGUUCGACUUGAAGAACAUCACCAACAAUUCAACAUAACGGACCGCAAUAAAGUGCAGCAAAAGCAGACUGGUGUUAGUGAGGAUUAGAAAUCUGUCUUUUUAGGUAUCACUUUAGCAAACUUACGUAUAAUUCAUAUCGCAACAACAGAGAAGUACUCACACUGAAAUAUAAUGUCACCCAUUAACAAAAUAGUACAUGAUUUAUUCAAUAUCAUAUUCACAGUUUUGUCACUCAGGGCUUCAAAUACAGUUCCACCAUAGUAAAAACGCCGUUGUUGUUGUUUUUAAAUUGUCAUUGGUGCCAAUGGCUGCACGUCUGUUUGCAGUCUUGUAGGUGAUGCUGUGGUCAGUCAGCCCUGUGAAUGUUGAUUAUACAAGCAAAAAAAAAAGCCCCGACCUAUGCCAGCCGUUGCCUCAGGGUGGACAUUAUCCAGACAUAGACAAGGCAGGCGUUAAAUAAACAUGUCUCUAUGCGCGCUGCACAAAAAGCUGACGAAGAGAAGGCCCUGCAAUUGUUAAGGCCGAUGCCACUUCGAAGCUCACAAUAACAUUGGGUUAUUCGACACAGAACAUCUGGUUGCCAAUGACGAUUAUCGAAGAAUUUCAGAUGGUUGGUUUUUUGUAGGGCAAAAUUCACAGUUUAUUCAUUGUUUUAAAAAAAUAAAAUAAACCGAACCCUAAACAUUGAA